AUGUUAUAUUUACAUAUUUUACUAAUAAUUUUAAUCUUUAUAACAAAAACAACGGCAAAAAGAGCUAUUGUUGGAAUACCAGUACCUGGACGAACGGUUCCUGCUUACAAUAUUUUUAAUCUCUAUCGAAAUUCUUGCAUAGAAAAAGCAAAAAAUUCAGUGACACUUAAAAAUUUAAAUUUAAUAUUAAAACAUUCUGAUGCUGAUGCAUUAACAGAACGAUUUUAUAGAAAUUUAUUUCAUGCUAUUGGAGAAUUAGAUAUCGAAAAAUUAAUGGGAAAAUGGUAUGUUAUUAUUGAUACACCCAGCUAUCAUAAUGAAAAAUGUUGUGUUUUUGAUAUGAAAAUGAUUGAGAAAAAUAAGUAUACUUCAUCAUUUUCAAUUAAAGAAUAUUGUAAAGAUGGUGUACAAGACAUUGUUAUUGGAGGUGAUGGGCAACAGUUUGGUCCAGAUCCAGGACAAAUAUUAUUUCAUUUGAAUCAUCCUAAUGAUGUAUGUCCAUACUUUUUAAUAAAACUUGGAGAAAUAAAUAAUGAUAAUGUUCAUGAAUAUAUGAUAUUAUCACAACCUAUGAAAGCACCAACAAUAGUUCUGGCCAGAGAACCAGAAAAAUUUAUCCAACAACAUGGUGUUGAGAUUGGGCAAUUUUUAGAUAAACAUGGAUUUGCACAUUCUUCAAUAAUACCAAAUGCUACAUUGGAAGUAACAAAUUUCGAUGGUUGUCAAAAUUUUUACAAUUACGACAUAGUAACAUAG